AUGGCUGCUAGAAGAGCUUGUGUCAACGCCUUGGAGGGGAGGAUAGCGGGCGCAAGAGGCGCAUCGUCGAGUCCGAGGAGGUUCGCCAGUACUUCGAUAGCAGCGACAUGUCGGAGAUCGAUUCAGACACAGACAACGGCAGCAUCUACACUAUCAAAAUCGACUAUCGUCAGAGCAACAAGCCCGUCAUGGCUUCAGAGUCGCCGCCAAUUCUCCUCAUCGCCCGCAUCCCGCCACGGUCAUCUGGACCCACCCCGACCGGGUGAAGAACGCAAAGUCACAUUUGUAGACAAGGAUGGCCAUGCCUCCACAUUCGAAGUAGCCGACGGCGACAACCUCCUCGACAUCGCACAAGCCAACGACAUAGAAAUGGAAGGCGCAUGCGGUGGAUCUUGCGCAUGCUCAACAUGUCACGUCAUAGUCGAAGACGAAGCCUACUACGACAAGAUGGAGGAGCCGGAUGAUGACGAGAACGACAUGUUGGAUCUGGCCUUUGGACUUACCGAGACGAGUCGCCUGGGGUGUCAGGUCAAGAUGAGCAAGGAGCUCGAUGGCCUGGUUGUGCGACUGCCGAGCAUGACGAGGAAUCUGCAGGCCAGUGAUUUCGACAGCAAAUGA